GUGGGUACUAACUCCACAGAACUUGCUCUACUAAAGACCCACUCAUCACAUGCGUUGGUCUCCCUAAGUUCCAUUAAUUCACAAUACACACAUCACUACGUACUCAGAGUAAGAAUCAUGCUCUAGGAUUGCUCUUUCUCUCUCUCUCUCUCUCCUCUCUUGUUAUUUAUUUAUUUGAGAAAAUAUAAAAUAUUUGCAAUAUAUGCUGUCUAAACUUAUCCCUUGCAUGGGAUCAUGCCUAUAAAUACAAUAAGCCACAAGCUAAUAAAAUUCACAAUUGCACAUUCCAUCAAAAAACAAAACACCCCAACACACAUAGCUAAAAAGACUUCAGCUCUUCUCUAUAUACACAUUAUAUAUAUUAUUUUCACUACCGAAUAAUGGCGAAGCUUAAAAAGAUGAACAGGGCCAACCUCAAAACCGUGGCCGAAAAGCUUCAAAAGAUGAGAAUAAUGUCAACUUUAGGUGGCCGUACCAAAUCCAAUUCAGUGCCCCAAGAUGUGAAGGAAGGUCACUUCGCGGUGGUGGCAGUGGCGGCCGGAGGAGAUGAACCGAACAAGAGGUUCAUAGUUCCAUUGGGUUGUCUUACACACCCUAGUUUCCAAAGGCUGCUUGAGCAAGCAGCAGAAGAGUAUGGAUUUGACCACAACGGCGCACUCACGGUUCCUUGCCGGCCAAGCGAGCUGGAAGGAAUUUUGGCCGAGCAGUGGCACCAGACGGACGAAGGAAUGUCUUCUUCAUCAUCAGUUUCUUCUUCCUCAUCAACAACAUCUUCUAAUAAUAAUAACAAUAAUCAAAAUGGCAGGGUUAACUGGACCUCUUUUAAAACCAUGGUGCACAGCUACUAGUUUUUAGUAUGUAUAUAAAAUGAGUCUUAUAUCAAAUUUUAUUUGAUUAAUUAGUAACUUAUUUAUUUAUUUUGUAAAAUUAGAGAGUUGCUAUCAGUUAUUCAAGUGUUUAUUUGCUCUCUGAUGAUUUGGAGGAUAUGUUUUUUUUGCCUAUGGCUUUCUAUAUGCACUUUAGUCUGUAUCUCUAACAUUUUCUCCAAUACAAAAUAUA